AUGUCUACGGCACCGGGGCUCGCGUUUGCCAACCUCACGCUCCUCCUCGACGUGCCGCAGUUGCCGGCGAUUUUCGCCGCAAACUGCUACCACAACUACCGCACGUACGCCAGGGAGCUCAAGCUGGUGAUAGACGGAGCGGAGGACCUCAUAUACCCGUUCAACAGAAUCAACGUCCAGGACAGAUACACCAACAAGAUGGGCAGGCCCAGGAAGUACAGUUCGGGACCUUGCCCGCUGGGAAAGCCGUAUUAG